AUGGUGGGGUUCUUCUACGAUCCUGAUUCUAGAUCUGAGAAUGAUUCUACUGCACCAACCAGCAACAGCAGCAGCAGCAGCAGUAGAGACAGCAACAGCAUUAGUGGCAGUAAUAGCAGUGGCAGCAGCAGGAAGGAUCAAUUGAUUCAGUUUAUCGAUCGUCAAAUCACUCAGCUCAACAACCAGACCUACAGUUACAAUAAUAGUAACAGUAAUAAUAAUAAUAAUAAUAAUAAUAAUAAUAAUAAUAAUAAUAAUAGUAGUAGUAGUAACGAUAAUAACAGGGAACUUGAUAAAUACAAUCUUCAAUCGGUCCAAACAAGCACCAAAAUCCGAGGAUUGAUCCGUCCACAUCCAGAAUCACUCUUGAUAGCAAUCGAGCCUUCGCCAUUUCUGAUCCAAUUAACUUUACAGCUCAGCCACCGAUUCCCAGAGUUGGGCUUAAGAUUGAAGCGGAUUAAUCAUCUGUCUUUAUGCUAUUGGAUUGAUGAGCAAGAGCAGGAGCAGACGAAAAACAGAGUUUUGUGGACAGACCAGGCGGCUGUCUUGGUGAAGGAUCUGAUCACGAUGCUUUGGCAACAACAUGACGAUACUCUUGUGCAAGAUAUCAGUAAGCAGGAUAGCGGAAGGGAAGAGGAUAAAGAUAAAGAUAGGGAGGUCAAUGUUAAUGUUAAUGUCAAUGUCAAUACCGGACCAGAUCCUUUGCUGACUGAACCAACGAUAAUGGUAUCGAGAUCCACACCUGCAUCCUCAUCUGUCUCAGUCCUCAAUGAAUCGUGGGAUGUUGUUUUGUAUUCUAUUCGAAACAGGAACAAGGCCGGCCAUUCACCUUAUCCACUUACUGAGCUCAAGCGCUGGACACUUGCUUAA